CAGACAGCGCAGCGCAGCGCGGGACAGGACGCACACAUAUACGCACAAAGGUGCACGGGCAGACACACACACACACACACACACACACACACACACACACACACACACACACACACACACACACACACACUCGAGCAUCGGGCUGGGAGCGCGCACGGGCGCGCGCAGAAGGAGGAGAGCACUUGGGUGCUGAAGUCCCACGCACGGCUCUGAGCCUCGUCUUCCACACAGGACUUACUAUGAGCUGCUCGCGCCGGGGUGACCGUUAGCUGCUGCUGCACUGCACUCAGAGAGGGACAAAGCGGACAAGAUUUACAGCCAUGGACACUUUAACGUGGACGUUGCUUUGCGCGGCGGUGGCAGUAGUGUGUGGCUCUACACUAGAGUUACCCUUGGAGGAGGAGUGUGAGUCUGGUCGCUUCACCAGAAGUGGCGAGUGCUGUAUAGAGUGUCCACCAGGGGAGGGGGUGAUCACCCCAUGUGGAGUUACUCAAACUGAGUGUGGCCAGUGCCUUGACAGUGAGACCUAUUCGGACACAUACAGUCUCACGGACAAGUGUCAGACCUGUACGGAGUGCACUGGGCUCAUGCGCAUGGAGACGCCAUGCACCGACUCAAACAAUGCCGUGUGCGUGUGCGAUUAUGGCUACUACAUGAGCACAGAAACUGGUGGCUGUGAGCCGUGCACAGUGUGUCCACGUGGUCAUGGGGUCUACAUUCGCUGCGAGCCUGAACAUGACACGAUAUGUGAGCCGUGUGAGGAGGACACGUACUCGGACCAAGAGAGCUCACUGGAUCCAUGCAUGCCCUGCACCAUCUGCAACGAUGGCUCAGAAGAAUUGGAAACACUGAGGGAGUGCUCGUCCACUGCCGAUGCCAUGUGUUAUGAUCCUCUGGCUCCAACCAUGGCGUCUCCCAGUUCUCCUCCUGAGUUGCCUUCGGAUGAACUGAGAACCCCUGGCCCAGAUGAGGACAGCACCACAACCAAGCCAAGCACACCUCGCUUUAUCGGCAGUGGACUCAAUGAGAACCUCAUCCCCAUCUACUGCUCCACCCUGGCAGCCGUGCUCAUCGGCUUGCUCGCAUACAUCGUCUUCAAGAGAUGGAACAGCUGCAAGCAGAACAAACAAGCGGCCAACAACCGAGCAGCUACAGCCAACCAGACAUCUCCGUCGCCGGAAGGAGAGAAGCUCCACAGUGACAGUGGCAUCUCUGUGGACAGCCAGAGCCUUCAGGAGCAGCAGCAGCUGCAGACACAGGCUGAGGCUCACACACAGACCCAAACUCAGCUCCACGUGCCUGAACAGAUCGUGGUGAGGGUGGAUGGAGGGGCACAGUCGGACUCUCCGCCAUCACAGGCAUGAAAGGAGCAACCAAAGGAGGUUUCACCAUUAAGCAGAUGAAGGAAAAGCAAUUCAAGUAAAAGCAAAGUGGUGGGAAGUGAGAAGAGGAAGAAAGUGGCAUGUUGUUUUGGUAGCUGACAGUGGCCAUCAGCAAGAAUUAAACCCAGUAUGGACAUAUCCCUGAUGCACUGGAUUUGAGGGCUUGGAGAACUUCAGCAAUCAGAUGUUGUGGGCCAUAAUCUUUACUUCUACAGAAAUGACAUCACAUUAUUCACAUUCUCUAAUGUCAAAACCUUAUAGACUGAAACCCAGUUCAGAUCAUACCAGCAGCUGUCAUUUGUAAUGGCACUUUGGUCUAAAUUGGGCUUCAUAUAGCACUGUCCUCUAACAACACGGCUCAUUAUACACCACCGAACCAAAUCUAAAUGGCCUUAUAGCAUUCCUUAAUGUACUGUCAAUGAUGUAUACUCCAAAAUAUUUGUAUGUAAACCAUGCAUUUGUUCCCCCUAACAAACUAAUCAACAAGCUAGUCAUCUCAAACCAACUGAAAAUCACCAAAACCCAAGCAAAGCCACUUUGCGUUUUAAAGAUACUCUUAGAGCUCAGAAAGCAGGCCUGCUUUUCAGACUGACUGCAGCCGAUGCCUCCUGCUCCGGAUUAUCUGAUUCCACCAAACUCGGAUGAAUAAGAGAUCUACAUCUGGACCUAUGACACAUAUAGGCUGUACAUGGACUCCACAAGAAUGCCUCAAUCGCACUAACCUCCUUUGCUUGGAUUUUAACUCUAUUCCUAAUAUUCUUUAUUUGUACCCCUGAUUAGAAAAUAGGUUUAAAAAGCAUGUCUUUGAGGUGUUGGUCAGAUUCCUUCCUUCAAAGUUGUGUACAGAGAUAUGAAAGGUCGCCCUUUAAAUCCAGGUCUGUUAGUGGUGCUGUUUUCACCCCUAAUGGUGGAUCGUGAGGGGAAGCUAAAUCUGUAUCAGCACGUGUAGGCGACAUCUUGAAAAGGUGACAUUUACUGACCUUUACGUAUGUAAUGACUCACAUCUAUACUUAGCACACCCUCUGUAUCUCUCUCUCUCUCUCUCUCUCUCUGAACAGCUAUCUUUUUUUGAUAUACCCACAAUCUCUGUUUCCUCCACACAUACACACAUACUGUAAGUAAAUCGUAUUCCCUCCGCUAUUCCCUCACUUCCACCCAGGUUUAUGUUACUGUGCUGAGUUGUACAGUUCUCGAUUCACCGAAAGCAAACUAUAUCAGGUGAGGUGGAUGCAAUUCUGCACAGCAGAGGGAGUAAGCUUAAUACAUUACCCUCUCCUUUCAUACACAUACAGAUCAUUAGUGCAAUUCCCAGACUCAAUAUUCAAUGAUUCAUCUUCACAUUUAUGUUUACCUCUCUAAGUUUCACUCAAAGGCUGACUAACCCAGCUUUGAGGAGCAAGGGUAAAUGAUUCAUGCCGUGGUUGGUGAGUGGGCCACAUGUGGUAAACCGGGGUCCAUUAGAUGUUCUAAUGUGGUUGCACUUUAUAGCCAGCUCAGCAUCUUAGGAAUAUAAGUGGUUAUGACUGGCUGCAAGUGCUAUAUCACUGUACUGGUGGUAAGGCAGUUAAAAUAAAUGGGUCUAACCAGCAUCCUUAAAGGUUUAUCAGUUAGUUCCUUUUGGGCUUCUUUUGAAUUAUAUGUGUAGAACCCUUCAACUAAAGGUUUCUCUGGAGAAGCCAUGUCCCAGUCUAGAUAGUGUUUUUCUUCAGGCAAAGUCCAAUCAGACUACAUGUCUAAUUGGUGGACUGAUUAUAAAUGUUAGCAAAGCAAUCAAAGCAAAGAAACUGAGAAUGGUGCAAAUGCAGAAUUUGUUCUUGAUUUUCAAGUACAAAGAAAUGAGAGAUUCGAACAUGGCAACAGAGUAACAGGGUUACUCUUCUUCAAGUGUAUCAAAUGAAAAUAAUGACUAACUGGUCCAGCUUUUAAAUGUAUCAUGCCACCUUGUGUGAAUGAAUUAUUUUUUUUAUGUAUUUCAGUAGUUUAGCUCAACACAUAGUAUCAAAUGUCUUUAAAAAAUCCUAAGCGGUGUGUCAGGAGGUAACAGGAAAGAAAGGAAGAACGAGAAGUGUGAAUUUUCAUGUCGUUCACUCGGUUUAAUACAACCACCAUAACAAAACCAAUUUCAUUUGCUUUGCUUUUUUCCCCAUAAGGAUGUCAUCCCUCAAUUGCCAAAUAAGCAUAAGAAGUGCAUCGAGUACACACAUACACAUAUAUAGUUUUACUGUGUCUAGUGCAUGGCUUUGUAGUUUACUACACAAUCCACAAUGGGAGCUUGUAAUCUAGUGCAUCACUCUCAGGUCACUGGGCACAAACUGAGGAAUGGCAGCGGGAUUCAAACUGCAAUAAAUAACCACUAUAGUAUUGAUCAAACUUUGUUUAACGAGCACAGUAUUGACACAUUUUUUCUAUUUUACUCAGGCAUAUCUAAUGUAAAUAGCUGACAUUAAAAAAAGUACUGCAUACUGAAAUGACUGUACAUUUACUUCUUUCUGUAGCAUUGAGCUUGGAGCAGCUGAAAGAUGCCCUCGUGGUCAGAUGUUAGCUUGGCAGAACCUUGUGUGUACCAUAGCCUUAUUGCUUUGCUCCUUUGUUUCGCUUCACUUGACUAAUAUGAGCUUCGGCUUGGCGUGAUAAGCUGAAGUCAGUAUUCACCUCCUGUCUGGCAGAGCAAUAGAGAGUCUGUUCUUGCGCAUUAUAGUUCAGAGCCGUCCCACUCGCUCAGCUGGGUGCUUUCCAUUAAAUCAUUCUAUGGAGCAUAUCAUUGGCCUCUGCAGCUAGUCGCUGUGUUGGAGUUUAAUGCGUUUUAUGGCUCCAUUGACUCACUCAUGGAGCUCUACUCUACCGUUUUGCUGAAAGCACUUACAGGUGAAAAAGAAAGACAAGUUGCUUUAUUGUUUUUUUCCCCUUCUCUUGAUAGUUUUCUCUGUGAACGCAUAAGGUGACAGACUACAGCUGUUGUCUUUGGCGCAAACAGAAAAACAAAAGAGAAGCUAUUGCUUUUGCAGGACAUGAUGUUCCUUCAGUUAUAUCUUUGGAGUAUUGAUAUUUUCAUACUAUUAAAAAGUGAUUGGAUAAGAAAGUACUACUAGUAUGAAAUGAUCGUGAUCACGGAUAUUCCUUUAUGAACUGCUCCAAUGGCACAACGAAGCACUUCUAUAUUCAGUGUCUCAGUGUACAGUCUUCACUCAAUAACCAGCUUUUACUUUCAUUGAUCACCCAAGGACGAGUAUAGAAUGUACACAAGCCUGGUGAUUAAUAUUCAUAUGCAAAAUGUGUUGCGCUAGCUAACUCUGUCCUAUCUUAUGUUCAGUUCUAUUUUUUUAAAUGUAGUCCUGUUCUUUUAUAAAAAAAAAACAAAAAAACAUGCUUUCAUUUCUUGAUAGAAUUACCUUUUCAAAGCAGAAUUUUAUAAAGACAGUUUACUUUUGUAGCACUUAAACUGAUUGAAUUAGUACACUCAAAGAGUAUCCAGCACCACAAAGUGCCUGUGGACUAUGUCAGGUGUCUUUGAGCUACAUUCAUAAAGUUGCAUCGCUUUGCUCUAUUUUCUUUUUUUUUCUUUUUAUGCCUGAUCUGUAUAAAAUGCAAGUUGUGUGUAUGCUUUCUACAUUUUAUUGGAUCUUUAGUAAAGAGAAGAUGGUCAUUAAGAUUACAGGGACAUUAUAUCAUUAUCCAGAUAAAUUACAUCCAGAUUAAUGUUGAACAGAAGUGGGAUUGAAGAUUCACUAGCAACACAUGCUAUAUAUUCUUACUAUUAUGAAGUAAGAAGCAGAAACUAUAAUCUAAUUUCAUUUCCUGUGUUAUUAUUAUACCAUUCUAUGCAUUUACAGGAAUGAUCUAAAUAAAGUAAUCUUGACUAUGGGUACUGCAGUGGCAAGUGACCGUACUUGAUGUGAAUUUGUGUUGAACACGUUCCUUUAAAACUUUGCUUUAGAUGGACACACAGACACUCUUAAGAGGCCAUAUGCUUAGAUGAUGUCAAGGGUGAUUCUCAGAGGGGAAUUCACUCUCAGUUCCUGCUCCCCUAAUGGGGAUGAAUGUUAAUUGUACUUAUUAUUAUGUACAAUGUAGCCCAUAUUCUCCAAUGCAUUGCAUAAAUGUGACAGAAGAAUUUCACAUAGUUGUUAUGACAGUACACUUAUGGAAAUGACAAAUGAAACAAAUUAGUUAUCUAAUAGAAUAAAACCAAAUAUGAUUG